CAACAAAAAGGAAACAAAGAAAGGAAGAAAGAGAAGGAAAGAAAGAAAAAGGAAAGGGAAGGAGGAGGGAAGUGUGCUGUUGUUUGCGCCACUGUGGUUUCGGGUUUUUUGCUUUUUCAAUUUGAUUUAGUUGCCAAUAUUAAAAAAUGUGGUUGCGUCCCAUCCAGACACAGAUUCCUGGCUUCGGAAUCUCUUCUGGGCCCUUUUCCACUCCUGGCUGUCCCCUCCAUCUGAGGGUGUGGGCUCUGCGAGGAGUCUGAUUCCCUCUCCUACUGUCGCAGCUGUGGUAACCCUUUGGUGUCUUGCCCCUGUAGCCAUGUCUCACCCUAGGCUCCCGGAAGGCUGGCCAGCGCAGGCUCUAGGCUUUGAGCUGGCUCCGGCUGAAUGCUCCAGGGCAGGAGUCGGCAGGCUAUAGUAACCCAGAGGUGCUGGAUUGGGCAGCAGGUAUCCGUGUAGCCUCCAUUCUGGGGGGUGAGGAAUGUAGGCAUAGAGCAAUCUCAGGCUAGUGCCACCAGGGUCACAUAACCGGGAGGUGACGAGGUUGGAACAUUAUUCCACGGAGCCUGGAGUGUACGUUCCGCUCUGCCCUCCCACUACAGGGUGCUAGAAGGAAGCAGGAGGAGGGACCCUGCAGAGAAGCAGGGCCCAGGAGCCUGGAGUCCAGCCACAUGGGACUCCUGGAGUCCUUGUUCUGGUGCUCUGGAGGCAGAGGGCUCCCGCCGCUCCUCCGCAGGGGCAAGGAACUUGGGUUGCAGCAAAUUUUAGGUUAGAUAAUAGCAGCGUGAUUACUUCCCCGAUGGCUGGAAGUUUUACAUCAAUGACCAGGUUGUUGGUGGUCAAUCCUGAGCGUUGAGGCUUUAACUUUUUCUUUUUCUUUUUUUUUUGUAUUUACAUAUGUAUGCAUCUGUGUGGCUCAGGAGGCAAUUUGCAGAGUUGGUUCUCUGCUCCCACCGCGCGGGUGGGUCUCAGGAACAGAACAGUUUGCCAGGCUUGCAGGGCAAACCAUUUACCCACUGAGCCAUCUCACCAGCCAGCUUCAACGAGACUUGAGUCCCUGGCACUGCUUGGGAACUGUGGAAACCGCAGUAUGCCGAGCAAAGGGCCUCCUGCUGGCCUGCCUGGAAGGGAUGCUUGGGGCCCCCAAAGCUUUAAGCAGGUCUGACGGAGGAUGAGGAUGUCCAAGCCAUGCUGCGGGGCUCCAGGCUCCUCAAGAUCCGCUCGCGCACGUGGCACAAGGAGCGGCUGUACCGGCUGCAGGAAGACGGCCUGAGCGUGUGGUUCCAGCGGCGCAUCCCGCGCGCGGCCUCGCAGCACGUCUUCUUCCUGCAGCACAUCGAGGCUGUCCGGGAGGGCCACCAGUCGGAGGGCCUGCGGCGCUACGGGGCCGCCUACGCGCCCGCCCGCUGCCUCACCAUCGCCUUCAAGGGCCGCCGCAAGAACCUGGACCUGGCAGCGCCCACUGAGGAGGAGGCGCAGCGCUGGGUGCGGGGGCUGGCCAAGCUGCGAGCACGCCUGGAUGCCAUGAGCCAGCGGGAGCGCCUAGACCACUGGAUCCAUUCCUACCUGCACCGCGCCGACUCGGACCAGGACAGUAAGAUGAGCUUCAAGGAGAUCAAGAGCCUGCUCAGGAUGGUUAAUGUGGACAUGAAUGACAUGUAUGCCUACCGCCUCUUCAAGGAAUGCGACCAUUCCAACAAUGAGCGUCUGGAGGGGGCCGAGAUCGAGGCAUUCCUACGGAGGCUGCUGAAACGGCCUGAGCUGGAGGAGAUCUUCCGCCGGUACUCGGGAGAGGACCACGUGCUGAGCGCCUCUGAGCUGCUGGAGUUCCUGGAAGACCAGGGCGAGGAUGGCGUCACCCUGGCCUGUGCCCAGCAGCUUAUCCAGGCCUAUGAGCUCAACGAGACCGCCAAGCAGCACGAACUGAUGACGCUGGAUGGCUUCAUGAUGUACCUGUUGUCACCUGAGGGAGCUGCCCUGAACGUGGCCCACACGUGUGUGUUCCAGGACAUGAGACAGCCCCUUGCCCACUACUUCAUCUCCUCCUCUCACAACACCUACCUGACUGACUCUCAGAUCGGAGGGACCAGCAGCACGGAGGCCUACGUUAGGGCCUUCGCGCAGGGAUGCCGCUGUGUGGAACUUGACUGCUGGGAAGGGCCAGGCGGGGAGCCCAUUAUCUACCACGGCCACACGCUCACCUCCAAGAUCCUCUUCCGAGACGUGAUCCAGGCUGUGCGUGACCAUGCUUUCACGUUGUCUCCAUAUCCUGUUAUCCUAUCCCUUGAGAACCACUGCGGGCUGGAGCAGCAGGCUGUCAUGGCCCACCACCUUCGAAGCAUCCUGGGAGACAUGCUGGUGACGCAAGCCCUGAACCCCCAGAACCCUGAGGAGCUGCCUUCUCCUGAGCGGCUGAAGGGCCGGGUCUUGGUGAAGGGGAAGAAGCUGCCAGCUGCUCGGAAUGAGGACGGCCGACUUUUGUCAGACAGGGAGGAUGAAGAUGAUGAGGAAGAGGAGGCAGAGGAAGCAUUGGAGGCUGCAGAGCAGCGGAGGAGAGCCAAGCAGAUCUCUCCAGAGCUCUCGGCGUUGGCUGUCUACUGCUGUGCCACCCGCCUGCGGACCCUGAACCCUGGUUCUUGCCCACCUCAGCCCUGCAAGGUCGGCUCUCUCAGUGAGCGCAGGGCCAAGAAGUUCGCCAGGGAGGCAGGAACCAGCUUUGUCAGGCACAACACUCAGCAGCUGACCCGGGUGUACCCACUGGGGCUUCGGAUGACCUCAGCCAACUAUAAUCCCCAGGAGAUGUGGAACUCAGGCUGUCAGCUGGUGGCCCUGAACUUUCAGACUCCUGGCUACGAGAUGGACCUCAACACAGGGCGCUUCCUCAUAAAUGGGCAGUGUGGCUAUGUCCUGAAACCUGCUUACCUGAGGCAACUGGACACCACCUUUGACCCCGAGUGCCCUGGACCUCCCAGAACUACUCUGACAGUCCAGGUGCUAACAGCCCAGCAGCUGCCCAAGCUGAAUGCGGAGAAGCCUAACUCCAUUGUGGAUCCUCUGGUGCGUGUGGAGAUCCACGGGGUCCCCGCGGAUUGUGCCCACAAGGAGACAGACUAUGUGCUCAACAAUGGCUUCAACCCCUGCUGGGGGCAGACUCUGCAGUUCCAGCUGCGGGCCCCGGAGCUGGUGCUGGUCAGGUUCGUGGUGGAGGACUAUGAUACCACCUCCCCCAAUGAUUUCGUGGGCCAGUUUACGCUGCCCCUCAACAGCCUGAAGCAAGGCUACCGCCACAUCCACCUGCUUUCCAAGGAUGGAGCCUCGCUGUCCCCGGCCACGCUCUUUGUUCACAUCCGCAUUCAGAACUCCUGAGGGUCUCACUGACUUACCCUAGGAGUGGCAGGUUCUGGUAUCGUGGCGCAGAGCCCUCUCCGGAGCAAGGGACCAUGGGAGUAUGGGCCCCUCGUGCCCGACCCGUCUUGGUCACCAGGUGCUAAGCGUACCUGGGUGCUGAGGGCUGUUCGGUCCCUCAGUGAGAGAUGAUCGGUGUCCUGUCCAGUGGCCCACUGGACUUCAGGGCCUCCAAGCCUGGGGCCUUGAGGUGGUCCCAGUUCCCUUGGUCUUCAACUUGAGGAAGACAAAGCCCUCUGACCUCCAGCAGGGUAGUCUUAGCCUUCUUCCCUGAAGAGGGCACAGCCACCCACAUUGCCUCCUUUCAGGCAUGAGUGGAGGCCCUAGAGCCUGCUUCCCUUCCUGGCCCAGGCAGGCAGGGAGCAAAUGAGCCCUGGAGGUGACCUGGAAGCAGGUUUGUACCUUGUGUCAUGGAGGAGUCCUGCAGAGGGCCCAAGAGGGACUAUUUUAAAAAAUAAAGAAAAAAGUGUACCUUUCCA